GGCGGGGACGCCGCCGCUGCUGUUGCUAGACGACGCGGACCCGCUCUCGUCACUUCCUCAGCCCGCCGUCUGCCCACUCUCCAGGCCGGAACCGGGGGGCCCGGAGUCGGGGUGGGCUCCAGAGUUGUCCUCCGAGGUCCCGGACAGCGGCCAGCCCGGCGGCGGGAGUCGGGGCCACGCCGCCUGCAGGGAGGAACUCGAGCCGAGGCGGGAAGAUGGCUGCAGACAAGCCCGCAGAUCAGGGCGCAGAGAAGCACGAAGGGGCAGGUCAGUCGUCCGGCAUCACGGAUCAAGAGAAGGAGUUCUCCACGAACGCUUUCCAGGCUUUCACAUCUGGAAAUUAUGAUGCCUGUCUACAACACCUCGCCUGUCUACAAGAUAUAAACAAAGAUGAUUAUAAAAUAAUUUUGAAUACAGCAGUAGCUGAAUUUUUUAAAAGUAACCAAACAACAACAGAUAAUUUGAGACAAACACUUAACCAGCUGAAGAAUCAGGUGCACUCAGCUGUGGAAGAAAUGGAUGGGUUAGAUGACGUGGAGAACAGCGUGCUGUACUACAACCAGGCCGUCAUUCUGUACCACCUGCGGCAGUACACGGAGGCCAUCUCUGUGGGCGAGAAGCUUUAUCAGUUCAUAGAACCUUUUGAAGAAAAAUUUGCCCAAGCAGUCUGUUUUUUGCUUGUAGACCUGUAUAUAUUAACCUACCAAGCUGAGAAGGCUUUGCAUCUUCUUGCAGUCCUAGAAAAAAUGAUAUCACAAGGCAACAAUAAUAAAAACGGGAAGAAUGAGACCGGUAAUAAUACCAGCAAAGAUGGGUCAAAUCAUAAAGCUGAGAGUGGAGCUGUGAUAGAAGCCGCGAAGUCAAAGAUACAUCAGUACAGAGUAAGAGCUUACAUCCAAAUGAAGUCCCUGAAAGCCUGUAAGAGGGAAAUCAAGUCAGUCAUGAACACAGCUGGAAAUUCGGCACCCUCUCUGUUUCUUAAAAGCAAUUUUGAAUACUUACGGGGCAAUUACCGGAAAGCUGUGAAGCUUUUAAACAGUUCCAACAUUGCUGAGCACCCAGGAUUCAUGAAAACAGGUGAAUGCCUGAGGUGUAUGUUCUGGAAUAAUCUCGGGUGCAUCCACUUUGCCAUGAGCAAGCACAAUCUGGGGAUUUUCUACUUUAAGAAGGCCUUGCAGGAGAAUGACAACGUCUGUGCACAGCUCAGUGCGGGCAGCGCCGACCCAGGCAGAAAAUUCUCUGGAAGACCCAUGUGCACGUUGCUGACCAACAAGCGGUAUGAGUUGCUGUAUAACUGUGGGAUCCAGCUUCUCCACAUUGGGAGGCCCCUCGCUGCCUUUGAGUGUCUGAUUGAAGCUGUCCAGGUGUAUCAUGCAAAUCCACGCCUGUGGCUUCGGCUGGCUGAGUGCUGCAUCGCUGCCAACAAGGGGACUUCUGAACAAGAAACUAAAGGUCUUCCAAGCAAAAAAGGAAUUGUUCAGUCUAUUGUUGGUCAAGGCUAUCAUCGUAAAAUAGUCCUGGCAUCACAGUCUAUACAGAACACUGUAUAUAAUGAUGGACAGUCUUCUGCUAUCCCAGUAGCCAGUAUGGAGUUUGCAGCCAUUUGUCUCAGAAAUGCCUUGUUGCUGUUACCUGAAGAACAGCAAGACCCAAAACAGGAAAAUGGGUCUAAAAAUAGUAACCAACUAGGUGGAAACACAGAAAGCAGCGAAAGCAGUGAGACCUGCAGCAGUAAAAGCCAUGAUGGAGAUAAAUUCAUUCCAGCUCCACCGUCUUCACCAUUGAGAAAGCAGGAAUUAGAAAACUUAAAGUGCUCCAUACUGGCUUGCAGUGCUUACGUGGCUCUGGCUUUGGGCGAUAACCUUAUGGCUUUGAACCACGCAGAUAAACUUCUUCAGCAGCCCAAGCUGUCAGGAUCUCUUAAGUUUCUGGGCCACCUCUACGCUGCAGAAGCCCUCAUCUCGCUCGACAGAAUAUCUGACGCCAUCACUCACUUGAACCCGGAGAACGUCACUGAUGUCUCCUUAGGGAUCUCCUCAAACGAGCAGGACCAAGGAUCGGACAAAGGUGAAAAUGAACCAAUGGAAUCCUCCGGGAAGCGGGCCCCUCAGUGCUACCCCAGUUCCGUCAACUCCGCCAGGACCGUGAUGCUCUUCAACCUGGGCAGCGCCUACUGCUUGAGGAGUGAGUACGACAAAGCCCGCAAGUGUCUGCACCAGGCGGCGUCCAUGAUCCACCCGAAGGAGGUGCCCCCCGAGGCCAUUCUGCUGGCCGUGUACCUGGAGCUGCAGAACGGUAAUACCCAGCUGGCCUUGCAGAUCAUCAAAAGGAAUCAGCUGCUGCCCACAGUGAAGGCGCACUCGGAGCUGAGAAAGAAGGCGGUGUUCCCGCCCACCCACCCGAUCCAGCCCAUCCAGAUGCCGGCCUUCACCGUGCAGAGAAAGUGACAUUUCGCUUUUGGGGAAAAAAACUGUUACCUGAGACCCAGGGCAGUACUCACUGGCCUCUUCAGUUGUGCACAGCAGAACGAAUAAAAGACCGAUGGUGAAGGUGCUAGUUUUGCAGGCACAGUUUUAAGACCGUCCACCCCUUUUAUUCCAGGUCACUUAGAUUGAAGGAUUCUCACAGACUCAUUCCCAGCGGCCUCUCUCAGACUCUGCCAGACUGUUAUUACUAAUUUUGUGGCAUUAUGUGAUCUGUGGCAUAGGCGAUUAAAACAUGAUCUGCUCAGAA